AUGGAGUUGGUGGCAUCCCUCGCCCUCCUCGCCCUCCUCGCCUCUGUAGUUCACGCCGGUCCGCUGAGGGAGAGACACACGUGCCCUCGUGUCUGCGACGCCUCCCGCUGCCCGCCGCCGUCGCAGCUGGCCUGCUACUACGGCCGGGCGGCGGCCGGGUGCGGCUGCUGCGCGGUGUGCGCGGCCGGGGAGGGGGACGCCUGCGGGGAGCGCAGCGAUGGCGGCCUCCCCUGCGGCGAGGGGCUGCUGUGUGACUCCGUCCCGGGGAAGCUCGACGGGCCCCGCAGCACCUGCGUGUGCGCCUCCUCCGGCCCGGUGUGCGGCAGCGACGGCCGGACGUACCCCAGCGUCUGCCGCCUGGGAGCCGAGAACAGGAGAGCCGAGCUGGCCGAGGGUCCCCUGGUCCUUUUGAUCCAGAGGGGUUGGUGUGAUUCAGGAAUGCAACAUCAAGGAAGUAUGCGCUACAAGUUCAACUUCAUUGCAGAUGUGGUGGGCAAGAUCGUCCCAGCUGUGGUGCAUCUAGAGCUCUUCCAAGGAGUGCCAUUUUCCAGCGAGGAGGUCUCUGUGUCAAGUGGCUCUGGGUUUGUGGUGUCGGAGGACGGCUGGAUCAUCACCAGUGCUCACGUACUCCACAACAAGCGGCGGAUCAAAGUGGAGCUGAAAAGCGGUUCGCAGUACGACGCUUCAGUCAAGGACGUGGACCAGAAGAUGGACAUCGCUCUCAUCAAAAUCCAACCAGAUAGUCCCCUUCCUGUGCUCCGGCUCGGCCGGUCCUCAGACCUGCGCCCCGGUGAGUUUGUGGUGGCGGUGGGAAGUCCGUUCUCCCUACAGAACACCGUCACCACGGGCAUCAUCAGCACCGCGCAGCGCAACGGCCUGCAGCUGGGCUUCAAGGACCCGGACAUGGACUACAUCCAAACCGACGCCAUCAUCAAUUACGGCAACUCCGGUGGGCCGCUCGUCAACUUGGAUGGAGAUGUAAUCGGCAUAAAUACCCUGAAAGUGGCAGCAGGAAUCUCUUUUGCCGUCCCUGCCGACAAAAUACGGGAGUUCCUCGCCGAGUCCUACGCCAGACAAGUCAACCGAAAUGCUGCAGAGAAAAAGAAAUUCCUAGGUGUCCGGAUGCUGCAGCUCUCACCAUCCUUGAUCCGAGAUCUCAAAGAGCACGAGGACGAAUUUCCGGAUGUGAGCUCAGGUGUUUACAUCUAUGAGGUCAUACCUGGAACAGCUGCAUCCAGCGCCGGCUUGAUGGGUCGCGACGUCAUCCUCGGCAUCGACGGGCGGCCCGUCCGCUCCACGCAGGACGUGAUCGAAGCCGUCCGGAGCGGCGCGGCGCUUUCAGUGGUGGUGAGGCGAAAGGGGGAGGACGUUACUCUGACCAUCACUCCCGAAGAGACGGAAUGA